UGAAACCUAAAGCUAGGAAACUAAAACCUAACAGGCAAGCUCCAUUGGUUCCCUCCCAGCUUCAUCAUCUGACAUAUAAAAGAGGAGGAGGAAUCAAUGCUGAGACAGCUAGAGAACUCGCCUGUCUGCUGAACAAGUCAUCCCCAGAUCCAGGACCGCAAAAAGCCUCUCCCCUCUACAAGAUGGUUGGAAUUUUGAUGAGUACGCUGGGCGCAAGCAUUGGAUUCGGAGUCGCAGCUGUCGGAGUCCCUGUAGCUCUGGGGGCUGCAGGAUUUACUGCUGCAGGAAUUGCUGCAGGGUCAAUAGCGGCCAAGAUGAUGUCAGCAGCGGCCAUAGCCAACGGAGGAGGAGUGGCUGCUGGGAGUGCCGUGGCAGUGAUGCAGUCACUUGGUGCUGCAGGACUCUCUGCAGCAGCAAAGACUGGGGUGGCAGCUGCUGGUGCGGCACUUUUUGCCCUUAUCUGAAAGCCAGAGCUGGUUCUCUGGUGACUGGGUGACCAAAGCACAAUCAUCUGGCAUGCCCGAAUCACCCACCAGGCUAAAUACAAUACAGAGCAAGUUACAGGAACUGCUUUCAGCACGCUCAAGAAGAAACUGCAUGUCAAACCAGCCCCUGAAGACCUCUUGCUUCUUGUAUCUGCCCAGUACAAGCUAACAUGUUGUGCCUUGCUUAGCACUGCUGUGGAAGAAAAAGCCUUUACAAACAUG